CGUUACUGAGUUCGCCAGUAGUGGUGCGUCGGCCACGGUAGUGACGCGCUUGCCGGGAGGAUGGCGGACGCCGGCUUGCGCCGCGUGGUUCCUAGCGACCUGUAUCCCCUCGUGCUCGGCUUCUUGCGCGAUAACCAACUCUCGGAGGUGGCCAAUAAGUUCGCCAAAGCGACGGGCGCUACGCAGCAGGAUGCUAAUGCCUCUUCGCUCUUGGACAUCUAUAGCUUUUGGCUCAACAGAUCAGCCAAAGCUCCAAAGCGCAAGUUACAGGCAAAUGGACCAGUGACCAAGAAGGCUAAGAAGACUUCGUCCAGUGACAGUAGUGAGGACAGCAGCGAGGAGGAGGAAGAAGCUCAAGGGCCUCCAGCUAAGAAGGCCGCUGUAUCUGCCAAGAGGGCCGGUCUGCCCCAGCAUCCUGGAAAGGCUGCAGCCAAAGCAUCGGAGAGCAGCAGCAGUGAGGAAUCCAGUGAUGAGGAGGAGGAGGAAGAGGACAAAAAGAAAAUAGCAGUCCAGAAGGGAAGUAAGCCCCAAGCCAAGGCAGCCAGAGUUCCUGCUAAGAAGGCCAAGAGCUCAGAUUCUGAUUCUGAUUCAAGCUCAGAGGAUGAGGCACCAAAGAACCAGAAGCCAAAGACAGCACCUGUGGCAGCUAAAGCUCAGGCUAAAGCCCCAGCCAGACCAGGUGCACCAGCUCGAGCAGUAUCUAAAGUAGCCAAUGGCAAAGCAGCCAGCAGCAGCAGCAGUAGCAGCAGCAGCAGCGAUGAUUCAGAGGAGGAGAAGGCAGCAGCGAACCCCAAAAAGACUAUCCCUAAAAAGCAAGUUGUGGCCAAGGCCCCAGUGAAAGCAGCGGCAACCCCUGCCCAGAAGAGUUCCAGCAGUGAGGACUCCUCCAGUGAGGAGGAGGAGGAGCAGAAAAAACCUGUGAAGAAAAAUCCAGGUCCCUAUAGUUCAGUCCCCCCACCCUCUGCUCCCCCACCAAAGAAGGCCCCUGGAAGUCAGCCUCCUAAAAAGGCCGUGGAGAAGAACCCGCCCGCGGAGAGCAGUGAAGACAGCAGUGAUGAGUCUGAUUCAAGUUCUGAGGAAGAGGAGAAACCUCCAGCUAAGGCAGUUACCCCUAAAGCGGCCACUAAACCAGCUCCAGCAAAGGCAGCAGAGAGCUCUACAGACAGCUCUGACUCUGACAGCUCUGAAGGUGGAGCUCCUGUCAAACCAGCCAGUACCACUAAGAAUUCCUCAAGUAAGCCACUUGGCACCCCCAAGCCACCAGCUAAGCCAGCUGCCACUCCCAAGCCAUCUGCAGGCAGCGGCCCGAAGCCUCUGACAAGAAAGGCUGAUAGCAGCUCCAGCGAGGAGGAGAGCAGCUCCAGCGAGGAGGAGGAGGAGACAAAGAAGCCUGCGGCCACCCCUAAGCCCAAGGUGACUGCCAAAGCAGCGCCAUCCCUGCCUGCCAAACAGGCUCCUCAGGCCAGAGGGGACAGCAGUUCUGACUCAGAGAGCUCCAGCAGUGAGGAGGAGGAGGAGGAGGAGACGACUUCGUCGAAAACCCCCAUGAAGAAGCCGCAGAAGGCAGCAGGAGGCGGAGCCCCUUCCAGGCCAGCCUCUGCAAAGAAGGCAAAGGCCGCGAGCAGCAGCACUUCCUCUGAUGGCUCCAGUGAGGAGGAGGAGGAGGAGAAACCCAAGAGCAAGAGCACUCCCAGACCACAAGUUCCCAAGGCCAAUGGCACCUCUGCGCCGACUGCCCAGAAUGGAAAAGCAGGCAGGGAGAGUGAGGAGGAGGACGAGGAAGAAAAGAAAAAGUCAGCUGCGGUGGUUUCCAAGCCAGGUUCAGGAAAGAAGCGGAAACAGAACGAGGAUGCCAAAGAGGCAGAGACUCCACAGGCCAAGAAAGUGAAGCUCCAGACCCCUAACACAUUUCCCAAAAGGAAGAAAGGAGAAAAAAGGGCAUCAUCCCCAUUCCGAAGGGUCAGGGAGGAGGAAAUUGAGGUGGAUUCACGAGUAGCAGACAACUCGUUUGAUGCCAAGCGAGGUGCAGCUGGAGACUGGGGGGAGCGAGCCAAUCAGGUUCUGAAGUUCACCAAAGGCAAAUCCUUCCGACACGAGAAAACGAAGAAGAAGCGGGGCAGCUACCGGGGAGGCUCCAUCUCUGUGCAGGUCAAUUCCAUUAAGUUUGACAGCGAGUGACCUGGGGCCGUCCUUCACAGCCGGGGUGAGCAUCUGAGACCACUCACUCUCUCCAGCGGACUGGGAGCGAACCCUCAGCUCUGAUAGAGGUGGUCUUGGUGGGACAGAAGUUUAGAGUAGGUCCUAAGACUUUGCUGCGUAACAUGCUCACUGGUCCUUUUCUGUGUUGCCAGUUUUUACAGAUUGUUUUUUUUGAGUGUUGAGUAGCAGGGACAAGGUAAGGGGAAUGUUUUUUAAGAAAAUUCAUUUUAGUUGAUACCCUUCUUCCUGUCUGGAAAGUCGUCAUACUGAGAAAUUUGUAUAUUUUAUAUUAAAUCAUUUCCUAUUGAUUUUUGUUGUGAUUUUCAAAGUGUCUCACAGAUAAAAUCUUAGCCCAAGACACAGUAAAGGGUCACGUGAAUUUUUAUAAUUGGAGAAUUCCACCUAUGUGAAUACCAUACCACAUUUCAGCUCCCUCCAUGAGCGCCCCGGUGAGUUGAAGAACGGAUAGUGUCUGUGAAUCUGUUGGUUAGCAUGUACUGUGUGGUUCGUCUUCCUCUGCCGGGUCUGCGGCUGAAGUUUUCAGCCUGCAUGGACCUACCUGCUUUUUGGGACAAAGUCACUGUUUCCUUACAGGCAAAAUUCUGGUGUGGUGUGAAUGCUGUGGGUCAGUCUAAAUAUUUUAUCUUCUGUAAUUUUAUCAUUAUUACAUAAUGUUGGCAAUACAUGUUUUGUUUUUUUCAAUUUGAAAGCAGACUUUUCUAUUGCUGAAAGGCAUUUUCGACUUCUCAAUCCUUACUAGUUAGUAUUGAGUACUGAGUUAAGGACUGCAUCUACUCAUUUUUUAUAUUGCAGAGAACAAAAUAACAUUAAUUUAAUCUGAAAAA